CUAUAUAGGGGAGAUAAUUCAAGACAAAAAAUGACCACAAGAAAUCGAUGAAUGUUCUCAAUCUUGCCGUGUUAGUGGCUCUAAAUGGCUGUUAAUACGUUUGAUGAUUUGAUAUUUGAAAUAAUGGAAGCUGGUGAUGAUUUAAGAGAGGCGGUCAACAGCUGUGAGCUCGAAAAGGUUCAGGUUUUGUUAGAAUCUGGACAGCACGAUGUGAACGCGCGAGACGGAAGUGGUCGGACCGUUUUGUUCAUCCCAGUUUGUCGCGGACAUGUUUCCCUUGUGGGGUCACUGGUGGAACAUGGAGCUGAUGUACGAAUUCUUGACUACAACAACAACUCAGCUUUACAUUGGUGUGGAAAUACAGAAGUCCUGGAGAUGUUGGUCGCCUAUGGUGCAGAUAUCAUGCAACGGAAUAAGCUGGGAUUGACACCAAAAGAGAUGGCUUUAAGACGCGGAUUGGCGCCAUCCAUUAUCGAGGCAUUUACACAACUGGAGAAGAGAGCUGAUAAAAAGGAUACGUCUGAAUCCAGCUUAUCAGAAACAAGGUGUUCCAUUUUUCAGGAGUUUAGUGAUGGAAUUGGUUUUCGUAAUCUGUGUCUCCUGGUCGCAGGAAUCUUCCUCUUGUCUCUUCAGUUCGCUUACAUAAUAACAGGUGCUUCAAGACAGUUGGAAGUGAUGGAACCUAUAACAUUUUCUAGUGCGUGACUCUAAUGACCGUCAAAAACCUUUAGUCUUCAAAUCCUACAUACAUUUUUACUGCAGGCAGUAGUUAACAGACUAAGUGUCCUAGUGGUGGAGUAUCUAGUCACUUACAUUAGUACGGACUCAUUGAGAGGACCUCCCCAAUUGACAGAGCAUUGCUCUAGUAAACCAACUGUUGCUAAUUCAACUUGAGGCUGAAACACUUACUGUUGAGUACUACAACUGACUUACAGAUUUGUUGUCCCCAUUUCUGAACACAAAAUCUUCAUCAGCCUUGCUGUCAUAGGCAAAGUUGAACAAGGCCUUUCUGUGUAUGUACAGGUUCAUGUUAAAGAUAUCAAACAUACUGGUUGGGGAAUUGAUAACCUUUUUAACAACUUCGCGUAUAAGACUUAUUUGUAUAUAUUUAUUUCAAUUACCAGGUACAUUUUUUGUUGUUGAAAACUAGUAGUAAAAGACUCAUUAAGUAAUAUGCUCACAAUGAAUUCAGCAAUUUGGACUUGGUCAAGGAUUCAAGUAUAAAAUGAUGUAUUCCUGGUUCAGGUUGAAUUUGUUGAAAACACUGCCAAAUCUACUUAUAUUAUGGUAGGUAAGGAACUUGUAGAUCAGUAAUGAAUUUGUUCUAAUCAAUCAUCGUUGAAAUAAAUUAAUUUAUCAAAUGAA